ACAAAAAAAACCGUCCCCCUUUUGCUGGAUUCUAGUUUUUAAUUAUGCGCUACUUUUUUGUCUGUCUCUCUAUAUCGUUAUUUUUUUUUUUUUUUCCAGCAACAGGGAAACUUGUUUCAAAAGAAACAAGAGAGCGAGAAAAUGUUAUCUUGUUAUAUCAUUCGCAUGUGAUCAUUUUUUACUUUUUGUUUCAUAACGUUGUCCACCCUGGGGUCAUAUUGCUCUAUCUGCUGCAUGAUCCAAACUAAUUCGGUAAAAAUUUAUUUAUAUAUGUACACACGUUCGAUGGAGGGAGUCGCAUGUGUGACCAACGUCGCAGAUCAAGGACAGGCGAUUCAAACGCUGACAUUUGCACACAGUAUACAUAGACGAUCGCUACAGCUUCAAAGCAGAUGAUUCAUCGCUUUAUUUGCUUCGAAGACCUCUUGAGGAAGAUUUAACCAGGAAAUCACAUUGCGGAGAAUAAUAAUGCGUAUCAUCCCGUGGUUCGAAGCGAAGCAGACGGACAUAAUGGAAGAGUGCAAUGGUAAUUGCGGGUUUAUAUGCGACGAUUCCGAUGAGGAAGAUGAUUCUAGUCCCACGAAUUCGCCAGUGAUACCGCGGAGGAUCGUUCCGAGUCCGCCGUUACCACCGAGAAGACCCUCGCCGUCUCCAACGCCGAACAAUCAUCUCAGAAACGGACGUCACUUGACGGUGCCGAAGGAAAACGCUCCGCCGCCACCAGCGGUCAUAUUUAAUUAUGCCGACAACAAUCUACAAAGUAGUAAAGUAAUUACAAUUAAUAUAGAAGCGAGAUACGACAUGCUACAUCGCGCGACGUCGCCAGUUCCACCGAUACCGCCCGCGCCGUCGACGGCAAUAGUGAGGUCUUCUCACGUACGUCGGCCUCACGGGAAUCACGCGAGCACUCCGCAGCGACAACCGCAGCCACCGCCGACGUUGCCGGAAAAGACGUAUCGUGCCAUAGCGACGAGCUCGAUGACGAGUCAGACGACCGGCGAGACGAGCAACAAUGUGCCACCUGUGCCGCCACCUUUGUCAGCGCCGCGACCGCCGAAGACUUUGAAAGACGCUCGUCAAGAUCAUCAUUACGAAAACACGAUUGUGAUCUGCGGCACAGGUCAGCACGUUGUUAAGAAUAUCAACUUGGAGGCGAACAGAGCUCGCUUUACAGCACUGAUGAAGGCGAGGGACGAUCCCGGAGGUGGUGGCGCAAUCACCAAAUCGUCAGAGUCGGCGGCGUACGAAAACAUUAACGUCGAGCAUAUAACAAAACUGACGGCGCUCGGUUUCACCCAGGACAACGUGAUCAAGGCGCUCGGUAUCACCAGAAACGAUCUCGAGAUGGCAUGCGACAUAUUGCACGAAUUCGCCCCGAAAUCCUCCUGA